AUGUCUGAUUCCACUGACGUGGUCUUUUUGUGCAUUCUCAGUUUUCUUACAGUCCUCAUUCUUAUUGUUAAUACAUAUACUGUAUUUGUUUUCUGGAUUCAUCGCAAGAAACUAAAACGAACAUUUUUACUUGUUAUUAACUUGGCCUUUGCCGACCUUUUUGUUGGAUUCACUGGAAUACUGACCGUGAUUGGGGCAUUUGCUCUUCAGCGACAUACUGGCUUGAAUAAUACCAGUUACAAUACUUUCUUUGGUAUAUCAGUAAUACUUCAUGGUACCUCUCCAUUUAUAUCCGUGUAUUUUCUGGUACUUAUUUCUCUAGAGCGAGCCUUCGCUUUGAUUUGGCCGUUUCGACAUCGUGUAGCAAGAAUCAAGGUUUACAUCUACAGUGUUGUUAUCGUAUGGUUAGUUGGGGCUGUUCAAGGUGCAUUGGGUUUUUUAGCACUAUAUGAAGCCAUCAAAAUGGAGUAUAGCGAAGUUGGUGGUGCAUUUUUGAUCCAUUUCUCAUUGGGGACAAUCUGUGUGUCUUAUCUCUCAAUCCGGAAAAGACUCAACAACAGAAAUCGCUACAUCACCACAACCCAAAACAGACAAAUUGUGGAACAAAAUAUAAAACUUUCCAAGACCCUGUUUACUGUAGUCUGUGCGUCAAUUGUUUGUUUGGCUCCUAGUGCUUCUUUUUACAUCGUCAGUUGUUUUCAUCAAGCUCUUUUGGUUGGUUUUUUGAAAUACAUUUUUAUAAUUUUAGGUCAGUCUAAUUCUCUUGUUAACCCAAUAAUUUAUAGUUUCAGAAUGCCGAUAUUUAGGAAAGCUUUAAAACAACUGAAAAAUAGGAUAAAAAUUCCGAGACCGUCCAGAAAGGUUAUAGUUAGCGGAGAAACCUGAAAAAUAUGACAGGCUCGAAUAAAGUUUAAACAACUGCUCAACCAUCUUCUACUCUUAAUUUAACUCAUAAGAAGACGGUAUCAAAGCCUACUUUUAUCCCCGUUCACUGUAUGAAUUUUAGUGCAAUUAUAAAGCUUCAAAAAUCUUUCAGCUUCUUAUUUUGAUGUCUGAUACUGUGUCUUCAGUAAUUGAGAAAAUUUUAAGGCAAUUUAAAAUAGGUUACAAAUUCCAAAUAGAUCGGAACAUUGUUCAGCUACUGAAACAUCAAAAGAAAAGCGCAGUGUGGAACAUAGCCUGUACACAGACGUUGUUUUAUUUUUCUUUUCGUUAACUGGCGAGCGUGCGAGCGAAGCGAGGGCGCGAGAACGAGCGCGGAGCGAGAGAAAGAAAAACAAGGAACGUCUGUUUUCUUCUUCCCCAAUGCACGCCUUCCCCCUUACGCUAGCGGACAAUAAACCCCCCGCGGUUUUUAUUUUCAUACGCGCGCUCGACGUUCUCGAAAGAGAAAAUAGAUGGUCUAGUCUGUGAACAGGCUAUGUGGAACAAAACGUACAACUCAAACGUAAGACCUUCUUUUAUUGUAAUCUGUGCGUCGAUUGUUUGUUUGGCUCCAAGCGUUUCAUUUUACUUACAUGUAAGCCAGACUAAUUAUAGUUUUAGAAUGCCGAUAUUUAGGAAAUCUCUAGGGCAACUGAAAAAUAGGAUGAAACUUCAGAGGCCGUCCAGAAGGUAAACAGUUAGCGGAGAAGCCUGAAACUUAUGUCAGUUGGGACAAUUUACUCAACCAUCUUCUACUCUUAAUUUAACUCAUACAAAAAAUUCAACAAUAAAAAUACGACAUUAAAGCCUGAUUUUAUCCUUCGCUGAAUGUGACACAUUAAUGCACUUAUAAAGCUUCAAAAUCACGUCAUGAUUUGUUUUCUAUUCGAUAUUGUUUAUCCGAUAACUGCAAAUAAUUACGAACACCUUAAAGUAAUUGAAAAUUGGUUGAAAUUUCUAAAUCGAUCGGAAAAUUGCUCAGUUAGCAGCGAAUUCUGAAACGUAUUAAGGGAUUAGCAUAGUGUUCGUCAAUGGUGUUUUGGCCUCAUGGCACGCUUCCACAAAGGGGGGGUUGCACAGGCUUAAAUCACCUUUUUCUUAACUCAUAAUUAAGAGGAAUCUUAUAUGAAUAGUCUAUUGUACAGCUAAGGCCUUUAGGUAAGGUAAAGGAAAGGGCAAGUUUUCCAUUAAAGUGAGACAGGAGAAUUGCAGGCGAUGGGAUGAAAAAGGACGAGGCACAUCUUAAUCCGCUGCUGAACUGAGACGAAUAAUUUAUGCAUAACGUCAUUGAUCAAGUUGGUAAUGCCGGCUACCACAAAGACAGGGUAGAGCAGAAAUAUUAUAUUUGCGAGCAAAUGAUAUUAUGGUAUUUAAAUCGAAAGAGAUCAACAAUAAUUAUAUAUGCAAAACUAAAUAUAUUUCAAUUCCCUUUCACUCUUUUGAAGCAGCCUGUCUAGUUUCUUCUUUCCGCAGCUUCAUUUUGAUUCUCAAAUAGAAUCAGAAAUAGAUGUAAAAGUAUCUGUCCAAACAUAAACUUGCUUGUAAAUGAGUGGUCCCUCUUUAAUUUGUCGCCCCAUGUAAGGGAAUCCAUGACAGUCUUGGGUUCUGAAUUCCACACCAUGGAUUCCUUAUUCCAGCUAAAGGAUUCUGGAUUCCAGUCGCUGGUACGCUUCCGUAUUCCUUGAGCUGUAUUCUGGAUUCCACAAGCAAAAAUUACCCGGAUUUUUAUUCCCUUAGAUGAGGCAACUCUAUUGCCCUGUCAUUGAAACUCCUGACCGGAGCCAUUGCUAACAACCAAAUCCGCUUAAAAACACUGCUCCUACCGAUACAAUUGGAAAAACGUUAAGACGUUCGCUACCUUUCGGUUUGUAGGAUGAAAGCACACAAUCUCUCUAUUUUCGAUGUUUAUAUGUAACCACUGUAUUCUGGUUAAGCAGUUUUCAAUCUACUUUACGUCAGUACUCAGGGAUCUUAAGCAAGCACGACGACCACAACGACGACGAGAAACAAAACAAGAGGUUUUACGGGCAAAAGAAUGUGCUUUCAUUUGAAUCACUAUUUUUGGUACAUUUCUUUGACGUCCACUGCACGACGACGACGUGAAACUUCCUGACACGACGAAUUCUCCUUUCUUUUUCUCAACCUGGACAGAAUCCUUAAGAAUCCAACUCCAGGAAAAAUCGUCAGGACACUGUAAACGAACUUUCCACAAGUGAUAAGCUAUAGAGAUUAUGCUUGACCAGGACGUGGUGAUGGAGUCGUUCUCAGAAGGACAAUAGGAUUUAUUUUUAAGUAAUAGACUUACAGUCUCCUUAACUGAGUUUCUUAUUGCCUGACAGUUUCUCUGUCCCUUCACUUUUCUUCUCUUAUCUCUCUCAGUGGUUCUGACUAUUCGUGUUCUUCUUCAUCCGAUUAAUCACAGACUUUUGGGGUUUUAUAGUCUAUCCAUUUUAACUUAUCUGAUUGUAGCUUUCAGUACUCAUUAAAGUUCAAUUAACACUAACGAUAGAAAUUAAUUAAACCAAUGUCAUAGUCGGGGACAAGAUGUCCGAGCAUUAAAGCUGAUUCAGCUGAUUCCAAAAGAGAUAACUGUCAAUAUAUCAAAACAUUAGCAGGUCCAUCUUCCAUCGUAAUAAAAAUUAGUUAAAUAAAAGAUGGUUAAACUUAUCAGUUUGCUUAUUUACGUAAAAUCACAAUAAAUAUUAUUUCUAGAAGCUAAAAGAUUAUUCAUGGAAAGAGCGCAUUUACUUCUGUAACGACACAUUUAACAAACUGAGCGGGUCUAAAUAGACGCGAUAAAGUUUUAAAAAACGCAAGUUUAUUUUUUUAGCAAUGUUUUAACUGCCGCCGUCCUCAUCGUGGUUCCUUAACCUCCCUAAUCAUGAUAACAAGAUGACGAAAUUGUUUCUUCAGGGAACAGAAAAGAGAAAUACUUAAUGACGUGAAGUAUAUAUGAAAUAAUUCAUUUUUGAACUGCGGUUGUAGAUGAAGUAAAUUUAUUUAUGUUAUGUUGUUCAAAGCAGGAAACUAAUUUCUAUCUUUCCCCCACCAAUCACCAAUCACAGUGUAUGAUUUAUGUUUUAUUUCUAAUAGUGCACCUGCAUGAAAGCUGAGCAUGCUCCUUGUCACCUUUAAUUUUAAAAAGUAUCUCGCAUCAAAGGGUCCACCAUCGCGUUCUGUAUACGUCAUGUCUUAUACGGCUGCUAUCACAAUAUUGAAGUACGUGGCAAUUUUCCAGGGUCUCUGCAUUUUUACUGGAAAUUUUAUCACUAUGAUUGUUUUUUGGAUUCACCGAUACAAGUUAAAGCGAACGUCUUUUCUUCUUAUCAACUUGGCUGUUGCGGAUCUGCUCGCUGGACUGACACAAGCGGCUAUGGCAGCCCAACCCAUUCCACAAACCAUUUCAGCAGACAUAUCAGCUUGCUUUCAAGCUGCAUUUUUGGCCGCAUCUUUACUUUUCCUCGUUUUCAUCUCACUGGAACGAGCCUAUGCAUUGAUUUACCCUCUUCGACAUCGAGUAACAAGCACCAAUGCUUACAUCUACACUAUCAUAAUCGUGUGGUUGAUUGCAAUAACUUGGGGUACAUCUUGUCUGUUAGUUGUGUACGACAUCUUCGAAUUCAAAUUUUACAUGGCAGCCUUCUCCUUUGCCAUUUUGUUUUGUUUGGUUACUAUCUGCUUGUGUUACGUGGCAAUCCGAGCAAAACUUAGUCAGGAAAGUCCAGCUAUCGACCCGGCAAAUAACAGACUCAACACUGACCGAAACACAAAGCUUUCCAAGACUUUCUGUAUUGUCAUAAGCGCGUCUGUGGCUCUUUGGGUCCCGGGACUUAUAUUUUACUGUAUUUAUUAUUUUUUGCCGCGGUAUUCUGUGAUUGUGAACUACGUCUCCUUUAUUUUACAUCAAACUAAUUCUCUCUUGAAUCCGAUUAUUUAUAGUUUAAGGAUGCCGUUCUUUAAGGAAACGUUUAAACGCCUGAAAAACAAGAUGAAAAUUCGAAAGCAAACAAAAACAUACACAGUUAGUUGUCGAACGUUAAAAACAGAAACAUAA